AUGGAUCCCUUUAGCGUGACUGCCAGCGUGAUCGCCAUUGCGACUCUCGCACUGCAAAGUGCUAAAGCGGCGUACGACCUCGUCGACGGAUUGGCUGAGGCACCGCUGGCCAUCGCUAGGUCGAAAACUUCACUGAUGGAAACCCAGAAGAUCUUAGGCGCGCUGCAACAGAUGCUGACAACAGCCUCCGAACCUGCCGGCGUAAUUGAACCGGUUUUAAGGAUGAUUGAGCUCGCCGAAACGCUCAAAUCAGCACGACACGUCUGCGACCAGUUUUCCACAGCCAUUGUGAGCUUCACAAGCCAUUCCACGGAUGGAAGGUUCAGCAAGCGGGACAGGCUCACGGUGAAUUUUCACGAACCAAAGAUUCACAAGUUGAAUAAGGAGUUGGAUGACUGUCAAAGAACUGUAUCUAUGGUGCUAGACGGUAUCGGGCGACUCGGUGACUGUUUUCGGGCUCAGGAACAAGCCCUGGCCAACCUUGACACAUAUUUGCACGACCGCCAAACACCCUCUGCGUCAGAGGAAGACUCAGUCUCCAAUGGGGGUGCAAGCCUUCAGUUGGCCGCUACUCUCCAGAACGGCUGCCAGGAAGCUCGCUCGACCACCCGAGCAAAGCGGACCGGACAAGAGUUCGGUGAUAUGAGCACCGAUGAUCAGUCUCGCGCAAUGCAGGGUAUCGUUGGCGAGGCACACGACGGCGUGGAACAGUCAUUCGGGAAAAUGACGACAUCAAAGAACAGUAGAGCAUUUCAAGGCCAGAUCGAUGCGGCAUUCUUUGCGGCAAUGUUCAGCAACUGA